UAUCGGUGCCGGUGCCUGCAGGGGCCGACGGGAACGGGCGGCCUCGCUGAAGGGGGCCGAUAUGGCGGCGGCAGCGGCUUCGCUUCGCGGGGCAGUUCUGGGCCCGCGGGGCGCAGGGCUUCCGGGCGCGCAUGCCCGGGGCCUGCUGGGCCGCGCGCGGCCGGGGCAGCUCCCGUUCCGGACCCCUCAGGCAGUGUCCUUGUCCUCGAAACCUGGCCUUUCCCGGGGCCGGAAGGUGAUGCUGUCAGCGCUGGGCAUGCUGGCCGCCGGGGGUGCAGGGCUAGCUGUGGCUCUGCAUUCUGCUGUGAGUGCCAGUGACCUGGAGCUGCACCCCCCCAGCUAUCCAUGGUCUCACAGCGGCCUCCUCUCCUCCCUGGAUCACACCAGCAUCCGGAGAGGUUUCCAGGUAUAUAAGCAGGUGUGCUCUUCCUGCCACAGCAUGGAUUACGUGGCUUACCGCCACCUGGUGGGCGUGUGCUACACGGAAGCCGAAGCUAAGGCGCUGGCUGAGGAGGUGGAGGUCCAGGAUGGCCCCAAUGACGAUGGGGAGAUGUUCAUGAGGCCAGGGAAGUUGUCCGACUAUUUCCCAAAACCAUAUCCCAACCCUGAGGCUGCCAGAGCUGCCAACAAUGGAGCCUUGCCCCCCGACCUCAGCUACAUCGUGCGAGCUAGGCACGGUGGUGAGGACUAUGUAUUUUCCUUACUCACCGGCUACUGUGAGCCCCCCACUGGGGUAUCACUGCGAGAAGGCCUCUACUUCAACCCUUACUUCCCUGGCCAGGCCAUUGGCAUGGCUCCUCCCAUCUACACUGAUGUUUUGGAGUAUGAUGAUGGUACUCCCGCUACCAUGUCACAAGUCGCCAAGGAUGUUGCCACCUUCCUGCGCUGGGCAUCUGAGCCAGAGCAUGACCAUCGCAAACGCAUGGGGCUCAAGAUGUUGUUGAUGAUGGGCUUGCUACUGCCCCUGGUCUAUGCCAUGAAGCGGCAUAAGUGGUCAGUUAUGAAGAGUCGAAAGCUGGCAUAUCGGCCGCCCAAGUGACCCUGUCCAGCAUCUGCUUGCCAUCUUGCCUGAACAGGCCCUCAAAGCCUGGGAACAGUCCUAGACCUGUUCAGGCUUCAUCUGGUCCACUGGCCUGGCCCCUUUUCAUUGGGACAAGGAGAAGGGGCAGGAGACCAGGCUUUUCCUCCAGAUCUUCCUUCAGUUCUCAUCAUGGGAAUAAAUUAAUUUUCUCAACAUAUA